AUCGGAAGUGAACCUCACUAUCGAUACUGCCGCUUUGGGGAUCUUCGGUGCGGCGAAGCAAGAGAGGAAGACGGAAGAGGUAUCCUCUUCCUCCUCGCAAAAUAUCCGCACGCGUACGGACCCAAGCGCGAGUCCUGCCGCGUGUACCGGCCGUAAGGAACCCGUCUCCGAUUCGCUCGGAUUGAGCGCCCCGCAGCUGGGAUACCGCCGUCGUUCGCGCGGGAAUCCACGUGGGCCACGUCUACCGGGGCUGCGAUUCUCGGAUCGCGGCUUCCCGUCACAUCUUGACCGAGGAAUUUCUGUGGAGCCGCCGUGGAGUCACCGGAAGCUUCUUCUGCGGUGACCAGGGCGGCUGGGUCGUGCCUGGUUCGGGGUUGAUGCGCGGCGUCUCCGGCGCCACUGCUGCGACGUUCGGCGAGACUGGUGCUUCAGAUCGCGGAGCCGGCCCCGGGUUGUCCUUCCACUUGCUGUGGCUGUGGCUGGGGAUCGGUGGUGGGGAGUAAAGCCUGGGGAGUGAGCAGAUGGAAGAGGACUGUACUUUACUAUUCUCGCUACCACUUGGAUUUCGCUCCAGUUAGAGCGUAGAUUGGCCGAUCUUGCUUGACGAUCAGAGCUUAGAGGGUCUGGUCGUGCUCGCCGGAGCAGGUGCUUGGUGGUUUUUGGGAGCACUUGUCCAAUCGCUGCAAGCAGAAGCAUAAUCCGGAGUUGGUUAAUUUGCCUGAGGAACCAGUCUUUGUGUGGUAACUUGAACCGUGGAAUUGCGCAAAUCCAGCUUUGCAGGGUUGCUGCAGCUGGAUAUGCUGCAUGCGAAAGAAUCUGGAGAGCUUGUUCGAGUGCUUUGCUUGACACCAUGUCUCGGUGCUUCCCAUUCCCGCCUCCGGGGUAUGAGGCAAAGCCCAGGAGUGAGCACACGGAUCUGCUAAAGAAGGAAAAUCACAAGGCAAAGAAGCACAAAAAGGAAAAGACGGAUGGGGGGAAAAGGGAAAGAAAAGAAAAGGAUCGUGGUCAUAGGGAAGAUAAGCACAAGAAGAAACACAAACGAAAGAAGCAUAAAGAUAGGAGAGAGAAGAAAGAAAGAGAUAAAGACAAAAGACCAAAUUUGGAACUGGGAAGCCGGAAGAAUGAUGAUCUUGACAAUAGAAGACCAAAACAAAUAGUCCAUAAUGAAGCAGUCAAAUAUAGCAAACAUAAAGAUGAGUUGGCUACCCAAAUCACAGGUCAAGAAGGUCAUGCAAACCAUGCCAAGAGUAAUACUGGCAAGUUGCUUCCUCGAAGCAUUGAGUCCUUUGGUGUUGUAGGUUCUAAAGAGAAGGAAAGAACUUCUAUCAGUAGGGUGAAUGGGAAAUCCAGGCCAAUUGCUCAGCACAAUCAUGCCAGUGAAAAGGGAAAGAAUAAAACUAGAAUCUUGAAUGGUACGAGCCUUCAACCUGGGUCAGCUAAAAAACGUUCUACCGGAAUACAUGGUAGUAGUGGAGUUGGCCUGCAACAGGAGAACUCUAAAGGUAUACUUGUUACUACCACAGCCUCUGAACAGAAGUGCAGAAUUACACCAAGUGCAAAUGCUGCGCAGAGAACUGAACAAGUGGGCCAACAUCCAGGUGGUUCUUCUCAUUCUGCAUAUGGAAAAACUGACAGCGUGAGCACCAAUUUUCAUUUUGGGAUGGAUAAGCAAUCAGCAAGAGGCAAAAGUGGAGCAGAUCAAGGGAUUGCAAAGGUUAAGGAGGCCGAAGCUAAUCAUCAGAAGAGUGUUAAAGAUGGAGAUGGAAGUCAUGAUGCAAAUCAGAAGGUUGUUAAAGAUAGAGAUAGAGACCGCAAUGUAAAGAAAAGAAAGGCUAAAGAUGGUAAUGAAGGCAAAGACAGGGAGAAAAGAAGUGCUAUAGAUGAGCAGAAAUGCAGAGAGCUUGACGGACAUGAGGCAAGCAAGAACUAUACUCAUGGUCUAAUGGACUCUGCUCAUCUUAAUGGGAACAAGUUCACUUCUGAUGAUGUCAAGAAAAGGAAAGGCUUAAACGCUAACAGUCCUCUACAUGAUCAUAGUAUGCCAAUGACUAAGAUGCCAAGGACGUCUCCUGCCAAUCAUCUUUGCGUGAAUGAGGAAAUGUUGAAGCAUUCUCAGGGAACUGCACAUACAUUACAAGUGGGCACAAAUCCUUGUGAGGCAGACAUGCAUGAAGAUAGCAAGGAACACAAUUCUGCAGUCUCUCCAUCCAGCUAUGGCAGUAGUGAAAUCUCUAUGACACCACCUCACCCUGAUACCAAGUAUCUGAGCCAAGUGUACUCUGUACCAGCGGCCGACGACCGUUCAGAGUACGUUGAUCAAGACUGGCUGUUUUCUGGAGACUGUGUUUGUGUUCACCAGAAAACAACGAAGUUUGAGGCCGCAGAAGCACCCCAGGUCUGGGCUGAAGCACAGCUGAUCGAUUCUGUUGAUGUAGUUGCUCUGCCAUAUGUUGUUCCUUUAUAAUGUGAAGCUCCAUUAUGCGCACAUGGUCGGCUUUCAUAAUUUUGGGCUAUGAUCUGGAAGGGCAGAAGAUGGACUCACUUGUUCGUUCGGCCCACUGUCCGGCAUGGUUUUGUUGCCGAGAUUCCUGCCCACUAAACUGCCAGUGGCACCAGUUUAGGGUUUUGUUGUCUGUCAGGUUGUGCUGCAUAUCACACGAUACGACGGGCACAGUUGCGAUCCUGUACAUGAAGUGAUUGGAUUCAGCGGUAAGUGUUGCUCCUGCUGUACAACCAGACAGUUUUGGCGUUGUAUUCUGUAAAUUUUUCACGGAAAGAACCAGAAACACGAAAAAUGAAGUGUCUCUUAAGAUCC